AUGUUAUCGGAAGAUCCUAUUCAACUGGAGGUACCUUCACAGUCAUGGCUGAAAAGACUUAAUAGAGGUUUUACGGCAUUGGGCUCUGAUAGGAUAGGGCUGACCACUACAAAUAAUCCCAAAAUAUUUGGAACCAAGAAAGUCGUUGCAAAAACGAUAGAUAAGGGCACAACAUGUGAAAUCAUUAUGUCAAUAGAUGUUAGGAAUAAUACUACUUCAGUGACUAAAAAAUAUAUUGAAAAGUCCGAAGUUUUUCAGAGACAACUCAUUAACGAAAUAAAAGUGCUGAACCAUCUUUCAGUGAAUAAGUUUACUGUGCAAAUGCUCUCAUCCAAUGUUUCAAAGAAGUCAAUUACAAUGGAAUUUUUACCUUAUAAUUUGCACAGAGUACUUAAUCUUCAUGCCACGCCAACCAAAGAAGAAAGACAAUGCUAUUUUAUUCAGAUUUGCGAAGCUGUGGAGUUUUUGCAUGGUAAUGGAGUUGUACAUCGAGAUUUGAAAUUAGAGAAUAUAAUGCUCACAGAGGAUACAUGCCAUGUGAAGUUAGUUGACUUUGGUUCGGCAGUACUUGAUUUCAAAGAGGAGUGUAUUGGAAUAAGAGGCUCACAAGAGCUCAUGGCACCCGAGGUAUUGUCUUCAAUUAAGUAUGACGGCAAACCAGUAGAUUGUUGGUCCAUAGGUAUCAUAUUUUUUCAAAUGUUUAAUAUUUUACCUGGGAAAUGGGGAACUAAAUUCCCUUGGAAAGAAGCAAGACUAUCAUGCGAACGUUAUACUUCAUUUUCAGUGAAUGAUGAGAAAUUCCCACAUAUAACCGACAUGGUAGAACAAGAUGAAGAUCUCCAUGAUUUGUUGCUAAAGUUAUUGUCUAUCUCCGUCACAGAUAGAAUCACGAUGGCCAAUUGUUUGAACCAUAAAUACAUGAAAAAAAUAAAAAACCGUGAACAUAAACACGACAGAACUUUGAAGCACUGUAAAAGAGUGUUCGAAAAAUUGGUUUGA